AUGGCAUCUUCGUCUUCCAAUUCGCCGUGCGGGGCUUGUAAGCUCCUGCGGCGGAAGUGCCAGCCGGAGUGCGUGUUUGCGCCGUACUUCCCGGCUGACCAACCCCAGAAAUUCGCAAACGUCCACAAAGUGUUCGGAGCAAGCAACACCACCAAGCUUCUGAACGAGUUGCAGCCGAGCCAGCGGGAGGACGCCGUCAAUUCUCUUGCCUACGAGGCCGACAUUCGCCUCCGCGACCCCGUCUACGGCUGCGUCGGAGUCAUCACCCUCCUCCAACACCAGCUCCGCCAGCUCCAGAUGGAACUCAGUUGCACCAUAUCCGAGCUCUCCAUGUACCAGAAGUACCUUGGAAUCACCCAACACGGCCUCACCGUGAGCCCUCAUCAGAAUCUCAUCUCGGGGGCUGCCGCCGCCCAGCAGAUGAUCACUUACGUAUACGACGCCAGCAGCCUUCAAGGGAUGGACGUUUCCGCCACCGCCGGCAUCGGGCAGCAAUCUAGGGACGGCCAGGGAUUGCCGCCGCACCAUUGA